AUGACAAUGCAAACAGAUGAUCAUUCCGGUUUCAUUCCGUCUUCCGUACCGGAUGUUGAUUGCACCACAUCAUCUGGAACAGCAACGGCAACUACAGUGGUAGCAGCAGCACCACAGUCAUCCGAAAGUUGUAGCAGCGUGGAAUCAAAUUUUACGAAUGUAAAUAAUUCGAUAUCAAUGAUGCCAAAUUCAAUGCCAUCAUUUUUUGCUAAUCCAUUUAUGACACCAUUUAUGCCACAACAAGCUGCUAUUGUUACAACAUCAUUAGGUGGCAAUAACGGUGUAACUGAUUCUUCACAAUUAACCGGUCCGGAAAAUGGUGAUUAUCGAAGUAAUCCAUUGCAAACCGGUAAUUAUCUCAUGCAAAAUUUACAAUGCCAAGAAAUGAUGCAACAUUAUAUUCAAAGUUUAAUGGUAGCUGCAUCACAUCUUCCUGGUAGUAAUAUGUCACCGGAUGGUACCACUACUACUACUACUACUACCAUUGCUGCUUCUACUACUACUAAUACUACUACCACCACUAGUAAUAAGAUAGAUUUCUCGACUGCUUUACCAGCUUUGAUUCAAAGUAUGCAACAACAGCUCUAUCUAAACAAUUCAACCGUAUCACAAUAUGCUAAUUCUGUUCCGGCUUCGGCAACAAAUUUAGCUAUAACAAAUGUUGAAAAGAAAAUGAAUAAUGUGGAAAAAGUAGAUGAAAGUAAAAAUUGUCCAAUAAAGAAUGAUGAAAGCAAUGAAAUUCAAUAUCAAAUGCAACAAAUCAAUGGAUAUAAUGUUGAUUUAUCAGAGCAGCAAGAUGGUAUAACUAAUGAUGAGGAUGAAAUUAAUCAGGAGAAUGAAAAUAAUCUUUCAACUGAUAAUGCGAAGUGUUCAAAUAUUAAGAAUGAUGAACGUUUAAUGAAAGAAGGAAAUUCAAAAAUUAUCAUUAAAGCAGAAGCAUCCGAAACAAUACCAUCUAAAACUUCAACUUCAUCAUCAUCAUCAUUAUCUAAAAAUAUACCUGAAUUAUCAUCAUCAUCAUCAGCAACAUCAUCAGCAUCAUCAUCAUCAUCAUCAUCAACUGGUAAUAAUGGUGCAAGCAUUGUUCAAGAAGAAUGUCGAACAUCUGUUUUGAUCAAAAAGCAAAUGAAUGAAAUUGAUAAAGAAAUUAAUCGACGAAUACAAAAUCGAAAUAUUAAAAAAAUUGAUGAAAAAGAAUUGGCUCAACUUUUGAGUUCUGCUAAUAGUUGUAGUUAUCAAUCUGCUUGUACUCAACUACAGUACCCAUCAGUACAUCAUAUUUCAUCUAAUACAACAGAUCAGAGUGUUUUAUCACCACCGUUUGGUGUUAGUGAAAUAAGAAAAUCAGAUAUGUCAACAACGAAACCAACUUUGGAACAACUUCGUAAUUCAUUUGCUUUACCGAUGGUAUCAUCAAAUUCGAAUUUGUCAUCAUUUUCAACGCAGUCAACAUCAUAUCAUUAUGAUCAUUCUUCACAACAAUUGCAACCGCAGCAACCGCAACGACCAUCACAACCAUUUCCACCAUUAUAUUUAGGUAUACCAGGUGGACAAUCAACUGAUACCACCACAAUGAUAUCAUCACAAAAUUGCUGUUCUACAUCACUACCAACUACCAUGGAACAAUUUACACAUGCAGCUGCAGCAGUAGCUGCAGUUGCAGCAUUGGGCACCAUUUCACCACAAUCAUAUCCUCAAUUUCAAUCCUAUUUUCCAACACCGCCACCACCACCACCACCACCACCGCCACCGCCACCACCUCCACCACCACCACCAUCACAUGCAUAUUAUUUUCCCGGUACGCAUCAACAUAUUUCACCACAGCUCGCAGCAGCAAUUUUACAACAAUCUCAGCACGGCCAAGCAAUGAAUAUAUUUUCUAAUUUUCAAUUUCCAUCAUCACAACAAUCACCGUCUAUUAUUGAUAGCAAUAAUUUUAUCACAAAUGAAAAUGGUCAAAAGCGCUUGGAAAUAUCAGCUAAUGCACAGACCACUAAUAUAGUGACACCGGUUAUCACUGAUAUCAGUAAUGGUGAUGACUGUUUGGAACAAAAAAUACCGCCACCACCACCACCGCCACCACCACCACCAUCAUCAUCGUCAUCGUCAUCAUCAUCAUCGCUAUCAUUAUCAUCUAUAUCAAAGCUUGUUCCAUCACCAUCAUUAUCAUCAUCAACAACAACAACAAUAAAUAAACAGGAAAAAUUAUUGACUCAAGGACGUAGUAGUGAAACAAAAAUGGAUGAUCAACGUCAUCGGAAAUAUUCCCUUCAAACGGCUUCACAAAAUAAUUGGCCUGGUGAAAAUGGUUGGGUGGAAAAUAGCAAGGAGACAUCUAGCAAGGAAAAUGGAAAUGCUGAAGGAAAUGGUACAGAAGGAGAACCUAUUUGGGUUAUGAGAGAUUCAUAUCUGAAGAGGGUUCAACGAGAAAAAAAUCAAAAUAAUGAACAAAUUAUGGAAAUGAAUAAAAAUUCUGAGAAAUUAGAGCCAACUUCGGAUGAAAUAAUUAAUGAAACGGAAAGUUUACUAUCAAAGGAUGAACAAGGUGAUGAUAAUGAUGAUGGUGGUAUUAAAACAAAAAAAGGCUCUAAAAAAGAGGUUAUAGUUCAUGAACCGGCAGUACUCAUUGAAGGUGUACUAUUUCGAGCCAGAUAUUUAGGCUCAACACAAUUAAUUUGUGAAGGUAGACCAACAAAAGCAAGUCGUAUGAUGCAAGCACAAGAAGCAGUAGCUCGAGUUAAGGCACCAGCGGGUGAAAUUCAGCCAAGCACAGAUAUCGAUUUAUUUAUAUCAACGGAGAAAAUUAUGGUAUUAAAUACCGAUCUUCAGCGGAUAUCUGAUACAGAUGUUCGACAGGAUAUAUUAAUGGAUCAUGCAUUACGUACGAUAUCAUAUAUUGCAGAUAUCGGUGAUUUAGUUGUUUUGAUGGCACGUCGAAUGUCGCAAUCAUCUAAGGAGGAUUUUUCCGUAAGUGCACCUCGCGUGAUAUGUCAUGUUUUUGAAUCAGAUGAAGCAUCAUUUAUUGCCCAAUCUAUUGGACAAGCCUUCCAGGUUGCUUAUGUUGAAUUUCUUCGUGCUAAUGGUAUCGAUGAUCCAUCAUAUUUACGUGAAAUUGAUUAUCAGGAAGUAUUAAGUUCGCAGGAAUUAAUGGGUGAUGAAUUAGAAAUGUUUGCUAAAAAAGAAACUCAAAAAGAUGUUGUUGUACCAAAAAAAGCUGGUGAACUGUUAGGUGUUGUGGUUGUUGAAUCCGGUUGGGGUUCUAUGCUACCAACGGUUGUUAUUGCUAAUUUACAACCAAAUGGUGCUGCUUGUCGAUGUAAUCAGUUAAAUAUUGGUGAUCAAAUAAUUGCAAUUAAUGGCAUAUCUUUAGUAGGUCUUCCUUUAGCUUCAGCACAACAAAAUAUUAAGGCGACAAAAAGUUCCACAGCUGUAAAAUUAACGGUUGUUUCGACACCGCCAGUUGUUGAAGUUAGAAUUCGACGUCCUGAUACGAAAUAUCAACUUGGUUUUAGUGUACAAAAUGGAGUGAUUUGUAGCUUAUUACGUGGUGGUAUAGCGGAACGUGGUGGAAUUCGUGUUGGUCAUCGAAUUAUUGAAAUUAAUUCACAAAGUGUUGUUGCAGUUCCACAUGAAAAAAUUGUUAAUAUGUUAGCAUCAGCAAUUGGUGAAAUUCAUAUGAAAACAAUGCCCACAUCAAUGUUCCGUCUGCUCACCGGCCAAGAAGUGCCAAAUUAUAUUUGA